GCAGCAGUGUAAGAGUUGAGUCAGUGCAAAAAUGGUCAUGGUACAUAGUCCGGGUAGCUAUUUGGUUAACUACUGUAUUUAACUAACAAGUGGGUGUGGGUUGUCAGAGGGUGCGACUGGAGCAAAGGAGAUAUAAACAUUUUGCAAAACAAACUCCUGGGGGUCUGCCUAGUUUUGGGAAGGGACUAAAUGCGAGGGAACAGGAGGACGGAACAGAAAACAGUCCACAUGGAGAGGGCAUUUGGAAUAGUUGAAUGAAUGACAUAUGGGCAAGUUGGAAAGUUGACAGACGAAUUGAGCAAUGCGUGUUUUGCAAGUUAUUCUUUUAAAAUAUUGAUUUAGUUGGUUUUAGGGUAACGUAUGAUGUAACGUGGCUAGCCAGCUCCAGUAGUUGAAGACUUUGAACAGAACACGAUACAGUGGGACAGUGAGCGCUUUAGCUCGCAACACCUCAGUGAACUGCCAGCUUUGCUUAGACUAGCAAGAACACUUCUCUUUCAGUUUAUCUUUACUCUUCUUUACGCUGUCGUCGAAUUUGUCUUACAUUUCACAGAUAAGCUUGUUGCUAACGGUUUGAUUCCUGUCAAGUUUAAGUUUUGGUUGUUGGACAUGGUUUUCAAUAACAGCUCGCUAGCUAAAGUUAGUCAGCCAUCAUUAAUUUGUAUUUUUCAACGUUGGACGGACUGAAUGUUCACCUUUGGGAUACUUAACGUUACUGACAGUAAACAGCAACAAGACAACAUCAACGUUUUAUUUUAAACGAGACAAUAUGCAAAAGUUGAACUCGACACACAUAAGUACUCUUCCUCGGGACGCUGAGCUUCAGCUGCGUUUAGCCGACAACGGGGGAGCCGGGGAGGCGAUGAAGGAAAACGGCUCUGGGAAGAAUCACAUCCUUGUAGAACCUGCAGACAGUUCACUCUGUACCAAGAGAAAGAUGCUGGUCGGCUUGGAUGUUUUCUGUCUGUUUGUAGCCUCCAUCCCGUUCUUUGCGUGUGAGUUGAAGGCGGUGACUCCGUACCGGAGGGGUUUCUUCUGUGGGGACCAGAGCAUCACCUACCCCUACCUGGAGAGAGAGGCCAUCCCUGACGCACUGCUCAUCGCUGGGGGCAUCGUCAUCACUGGCCUCACGAUUGCGCUGGGCGAGUGUUACCGGGUUCGAUUUCGUGAGGUGCAAUCACGGGCCUUCGUGCUCAAUCCCUACGUGUCCUGCCUCUAUAAGGAGCUGGGAAGCUUCCUGUUCGGCUGCUGCGUGGGCCAAUCAUUGACCAACAUGGCCAAGCUGAGUGUGGGGCGCCUGCGACCUAACUUCCUGUCGGUGUGCAACGUGACAUACGCCUCGCUCAACUGCGUCCCCGGCUCCUACGUGGCCCAGGUCACCUGCAGGCAGCCCAAACACAAUAUGGUGGAGGAGGCCAGGAAGUCCUUUUUCUCUGGCCAUUCCUCCUUUGCCAUGUACACCAUGCUCUACCUGGCGUUCUACCUGCAGGCACGGUUGUCAUGGCGAGGGGCUCGUCUGCUGCGCCCGCUGCUACAGUUCCUGCUGGUGAUGAUAGCCGUGUACACCGGGCUGAGCCGCAUCUCUGACUACCGCCACCACCCCACCGACGUGAUCACCGGCUUCAUGCAGGGAGGCCUCACCGCCUACUGGGUGGCCUUCUAUAUUUCCUCCAUGUUCAAGAACAACCGUCCAGAACUGUCUCCCACCAGCAUGUCUCUGGAGAGCCCCCUGUCCAGCCAACAGACCGUCUGCUAGCACCACCUGCCCCAACACACCCCUCCUCACCUACCUGGACGGAUGGGAGAAAAGACAGAAAGAGAGAGAGAGGGAGAGACAGUCAGAUAGCAGAGGUGAGCAGCACAGGGAGGGAGACAAGGUGUGUGAAAAGGAAGGGGGAUGAGAUAAGAGGUAGAGCAGGUAAAGAGCGUUCUAGCAAGUACACACAUGUUCUGAUGAAUACGUCAAGACACGCACGCACACAUAGUGCCACCUCUCUCUCUCUCACUAACACACACUACCAUCUAACACACACACACACACCGAAUCACUGUAGAGUAUAACCCGUCCACAUGGAGAUAUGCAUAGUAAUUUUACAGAUAUUUUGUAUAUGAAAAACGACAAAUGUUUCUAUUUUUCAAAUGAGAGUUGUAGAUGAAGCUGCUAAUGAUAAUGUUUUUUUUCCUGUUCUAAGUUGAAUAUGUUUUAUAUGUGAUGGUGGUUAGUGGGCAGUGCAUUAGGCUAGCUCUCACAAACACACGGUCAGUCAGUGUCUCUAAAUUAUCUUCAUUGGUCAUCUGACCAGCCUGGAUGAUGCAUCCAUACUUCUUCAGCUUGACGUCCCCUGACUCUAAUUCUGUGGAUGUCUCAUUGACGUGCCCUGACUCUAAUUCUGUGGAUGUCUCAUUGACGUCCCCUGACUCUAAUUCUGUGGAUGUCUCAUUGACGUGCCCUGACUCUAAUUCUGUGGAUGUCUCAUUGACGUCCCCUGACUCUAAUUCUGUGGAUGUCUCAUUGACGUGCCCUGACUCUAAUUCUGUGGAUGUCUCAUUGACGUCCCCUGACUCUAAUUCUGUGGAUGUCUCAUUGACGUGCCCUGACUCUAAUUCUGUGGAUGUCUCAUUGACGUGCCCUGACUCUAAUUCUGUGGAUGUCUCAUUGACGUGCCCUGACUCUAAUUCUGUGGAUGUCUCAUUGACGCCCCCUGACUCUAAUUCUGUGGAUGUCUCAGUGACGUGCCCUAACUCUAAUUCUGUGGAUGUCUCAGUGGCGUCCCCUGACUCUAAUUCUGUGGAUGUCUCAUUGACGUCCCCUGACUCUAAUUCUGUGGAUGUCUCAGUGGCGUCCCCUGACUCUAAUUCUGUGGAUGUCUCAUUGACGUCCCCUGACUCUAAUUCUGUGGAUGUCUCAGUGACGUGCCCUAACUCUAAUUCUGUGGAUGUCUCAGUGGCGUCCCCUGACUCUAAUUCUGUGGAUAGAAGUAGAAUAUGUCAUGGACAAAGACAAAAGAGAACACUUUGUAUUCAACCAAGUAUCUUAACUUCAGUUACCCAGGAGUGAUAGGGUGGAAAUCUGCUUUGCCCAGGUUACGUCCCCUCCCCCUCACUCCCACGCUUUUCCAUGUCUGUACUCUGUACUAACCACUUAUUACUCUGUCUCAGAGGCAGAGCUAUGACUGAACCCUGUAACCUUUGACCUAUUACCCUGACCUCUGAGCUGCACCUUGAGUUAUGCCACUCUCACAGGGGAGCCAAAAUGGCUGCCUCGUGUUGCCUAUGGCAGAGGUCCCCUGUAUAUUCCUAUUAAUAGCACUUGAACUACAUAAUGGAACCUACUCUGAUAGUAUAAUUGAUAUUAUAUAUAUUUUCUCAAGUUUGAAUAAUCAGUGUUUUAUUUCUCUUAAUAUGUCACUCUCAUACGGUAUAUGUUUUAGUUUUUUUCCAAAUGAUAAUUAUUCAAAUUGAAUGUAAAUAGAUCUUUUUUUAUAAACCACACAGAAUUUCAAAAGUAUUAUUAGUGCCAUUUCUGGACAGUUUUUUUUACGUUUAUGUGUUAUGUGUCUGUUGUUGAUCAGGUACGCAGAGUUGUUGUUAUUGUCAUAACGACGAGACUGAGCCAGAGCUAUUAUCAGAAAGAUAUUUCUUGUUUCCAGUUUUGUGUAUUUUGUUUUCUCUGUGAAUGGCUGAAUGGCUGAAAAUAACCACUGUACUCAAAAACCAAACCAAUAAAAUGAAUGUUGAAUUUUUUGACCUCC